UGCGGGGUUAAAACACCACAUUCUGCGCAGACUGACAACACCACAACAGGCCGACAUGUUCUCCAUCCCAGAUCUGAUCAGGAAGAAGAGAGACGGAGGAGAGUUCACCGAGGAAGACAUCAAAACCUUCAUCCACAGUGUGACAAACAAAACUAUACAGGAAUGUCAGACAGGCGCCAUGCUGAUGGCCAUCUGGCAGAAAGGAAUGGCCGUUAAGGAAAUCGAGACCCUGACCAGGGAGAUGAUGUUAUCGGGAGACGUGAUGUCAUGGCCGAAGGAGUGGGCGGGGCUUAUGGUCGACAAACACUCGACGGGAGGGGUGGGAGAUAAAGUCAGUCUGGUGUUAGCGCCCGCGCUCGCUGCCUGUGGCUGUAAGGUGCCGAUGAUCAGUGGGCGGGGCUUGGCUCACACAGGAGGAACUCUGGAUAAACUGGAGUCGAUUCCAGGAUACAACAUCCAUCAAUCAACAGCUCAGAUCCUUAAGAUCCUGGACUCAGUGGGCUGUUGCAUUGUGGGUCAGACGGAGAUGUUGGUUCCUGCAGAUCGAGUCCUGUACGCUCUGCGGGACGUCACCAGCACCGUGGACAGCCUGCCACUAAUUACUGGCUCCAUCAUCUCAAAGAAAGGAGCAGAGUCUCUGAAAGCUCUGGUGCUGGAUGUGAAAUUUGGACGAGCUGCUCUGUAUAAAGACCUGGAAAGUGCUAAAGAACUAGCACAGUUAUUAGUGAACGUAGGGAACGGCCUGGGCAUGAAAACAGCUGCAGCCCUCAGCUCUAUGGCCGGUACGAUUGGUCGAUGUGUCGGCAACAGUGUGGAGGUGAUCGAGUCUCUGGAGACGCUGAAGGGCAGAGGACCCGACGACCUGAUGGAGCUCGUCACGACUCUGGGCGGCCUGUUGCUGCAGAUGACCGACUUGGCCUCCGACCUUCCUGACGGCAGACGGCAGAUUUCUGAGGCUGUGAUUGGUGGAGCCGCUCUGUCAAAGUUCCAGGCCAUGAUGGAGGCUCAGGGCGUAGCCAAUGAGACGGCUCGGUCACUUUGCUCCGCCGACACAGAUUACUACAGUAUUCUGAGAAAAUCCGAGCAUCAGAUGGACCUGAAGACGCCUACAGAGGGUGUCGUCAUCGACAUCGAUGGCAUGGCGUUAGCUGUCGUGCUGCAUAAACUGGGGGCGGGACGAUCAAAGGCGGGAGAACCAGUCAAUCACAGCGUAGGGGCGGAGCUACAGGUGUCGCUGGGUCAGAGGGUCAAGAAAGGCGCCACCUGGCUGCGCCUCCAUUACGAGGAUCCGGCUCCGACUCCAGACCAGAUCAGGCGACUGCAGAGCGCUCUGACUUUGGGGACACACGAGACGAAACAAAAACACACUUUAGUGAAGGAAAUACUGCUGCCGUACUGAUUCUGUCUGAUUUUGAUAUUCAUUAAAACAUGAAAACAAA